AUUAGACCAAAUCAAUAUCGCGGAAUCACAGAAUAUGCUCUAAGAAAAGCAAAAGAAAAAGGAACUUUUAAUAGGUAUAACUAUUUAGAAGUUGGAAAGCAAUUGUGCUAUCCUCAUUACCUUGAUAUUGUUGAACCCAACUACCAUAAUGAGUCAUCAACUAAUAAUAAUGGGCAAGAUCACAUAAUUGUUAGAAAACCAUUAUCAUUUGGGAAAAAAUUACUUUGA